AUGAUGACGUCACCUCUCGUCGUCGCCCUCUUGUUUCUAUACGCAUUUCUCAUUUCUUCGACUCUUUCGUUUUCCGAUUUAAACAAUGGCGAAAUCUCUUCGUAUCCGAAAAGGCAGGCCGAGAAACUCAUAAGGUCCCUCAACUUGUUCCCUGAGCAUGAAGUGAACCGCCAUCGGCCCGAAUCAAAUGAUGCGUCAGUAUCAGGGAUUGUCGAAAAGCGAUUUAAGUUCCCAUUCAUGGAGGCUAAUAAUCCUAUUCAGGACCUGGGCCACCAUGCUGGUUAUUACAGCCUCCCGCACAGCAAAGCUGCCAGGAUGUUCUAUUUUUUCUUUGAGUCGAGAAGCAACAAGAGUGAUCCGGUGGUUAUAUGGCUAACUGGAGGACCCGGUUGCAGCAGUGGAUUGGCUUUGUUCUAUGAAAAUGGACCCUUUCACGUGACGGACAAUUUGACCCUUGUGUCAAAUGAGUUCGGAUGGGAUAAGGUAUCAAAUAUAAUAUAUGUGGACCAACCGACUGGGACGGGUUUCAGCUACAGUUCUGAUUUGGACGACACUAGGCAUGACGAGAAAGGUGUAAGCACUGAUUUAUAUGACUUCUUGCAGGCUUUCUUCAAGGCGCAUCCUCAGUUGGCAGGGAACGAUUUUUACAUUACUGGAGAAUCAUAUGCCGGGCAUUACAUUCCAGCUCUUGCCGCACGGGUUCAUCAAGGGAACAAAAACAAUGAAGGAAUUCAAAUUAAUCUAAAGGGGUUUGCAAUCGGCAAUGGACUAACAAAUCCUGAGAUACAAUAUGGGGCAUACGCUGAUUAUGCUCUGAACAUGAGCCUGAUCACAAAAUCUGAUUACGACAGCAUGACUCAGUCGGUUUUUGAAUGUCAGGAAGAAAUCAAGCUCUGUGGAGUUGACGGUGGUUCUUAUUGUCGAUGGGCGUUCAGUGUAUGCAACGAUGUCUUCAACAAUAUAGUGGACAUUGCCAAAGGUGUAAAUUACUAUGACAUAAGAAAGCAAUGCGGGACAAACGACCUUUGCUACGACUUUUCCAACAUGGAGAAAUUUCUGAACUCAAUGCCAGUGAAAAGAUCCCUUGGUGUGGGGAAUAUUUCUUUCGUGUCUUGCAGCACGGAUGUUUACGAUGCUAUGACCGAUGAUCAGAUGAGAAAUAUGGAGGUUGGAAUUCCUGCACUUUUGGAGGACGGGAUCAAAUUUCUCGCAUAUGCCGGGGAAUAUGAUCUCAUAUGCAAUUGGCUCGGGAAUUGGAGGUGGGUUCACGCGAUGGAAUGGUCUGGGCAGGACAAUUUUGUGGCCACAAACGCAAGCACAUUUAGAGUGGGUGGAGUGGAUGUCGGGCUGCAAAAGGGGUAUGGGCCGCUAACAUUCCUCAAGUUUUACAAUGCGGGGCAUAUGGUGCCCAUGGAUCAGCCCGAAUUUUCAUUGGAGAUGCUGAGGAGAUGGAUGCAGGGCAAUUUGUCUUCCACAGAUGUGUGA